CUCAAAAAAAAAAAUCCCCUCUUUUUUUUUUUCUAAUUUUUAAUUCCAUUAACAAUUCCUCUCUCUCUCUCUCUCUUUCUCUCUCUCACGUUGCCCUAUGAGCUCCGAAUCCGCCCCUUGAAAACCCUAACCCUAUCCUCUUCUCUCACCUCGUUGGAUUCAUCUCUCUCUCUUUUUUCCUCUAAUUUAUUCGAUUCGAUCAUUUCUAGUACACUCCGGAGGUAGGAUAAGCGUUCGCCCCCUUGAUUUUAGGGUGAAAGUUGAGAGCUUUACGCGUUUUUGGCUGUUUCCUCUUAUACGGUUUUGCCCUUUCUGUUGAUCUUUAGCUGCAUUUGUGUUUCAAUUUGCUAUUUUUCGAUGGUUGUGGGGGGAAAUGGUUCGAAUUGUUGGGGAAUGAGCUUGAUUUUGCGCCCUAAUUUUUUUUCAGGGAGAUGGUGGAUUUGAGAUAUAUUCCAAUGAUUUAGGCAAAGAUAUGGAGAAUCUGAUGCUGGGUUUUUUUGGAAGGAUCUAAUCUAACCUAGGACUACCGAAGAAAAAAGGAGUAGAUUUUUGGCUCAUUUUGUGAUGAUUUAAGAGAUUUAUAUUGUGUUUUGUGAUGGAAACAAAGAGAUUGAUUGAUCGAGAUGUCUCGAUCGAUCAUGCCUCAAUUGAUCUCGAGAGUGGGACAAAAUCAAUAAUAGUUGACGAGCAUGGCGCGUCAAGAGACCCAAUCUCUAGGGCUGGAGAGGCAAAAGCUGUUUUGAGUAAGGUAUGGAAUGGUUUUGUGGGCGACGAGGGAUGCCUCAAGAGUAAAGAGGUUCCUAUUAAUGGAGAAGCUGUAGUGGAAAAGGAAGGGCUUGUGCAGAAGCCCGAAGCUGAGAAGCCGAAGAAGAAGCGGCCCAAGAAGCCCCCGAAGCCUCCCCGGCCUCCGAAGCCGCUGGCAUUGGAUUCCGCUGACGAGAAGCUCAUCCGCGAGAUGUCCGAGCUGGCGACGAUGAAGAGGGCGAGGAUUGAGAGGAUGAAGGAGCUGAAGCGGACGAAGAAUGCCAAGUCGGCAUCGUCAGUGCCCAGUACCAAUUUGGGUGCUUUAGUUAUCACCAUUCUCUUUUGCCUUGUUAUAAUAUGGCAAGGAGUUUUUUCAAGAAAUAGCUCGAGUUUAAGCUUUCGUGGUUCUCCUGAAUCAUCGGUAAAUGGUGGACUUAUCUCUGUUCAAUUCUACAAUAAUGUCUCUAUGAUCAGCCCCGGUGGUUCUACCUCUGCAUCUACCAACGACGUGACCGCAUUAUCUCGGCUGAGUGUCCACGGAGAGGAAAGCCGAGUACCUGGUUGAGAAGGAUUUUGUAUCAAGGGUCAGAAAAAAAAAAAAAGAAAAAAAGAAGAGAAAAGAUAAAUAAAUAGGCUGCGUUGUGACGACGCCUGUAAUUUUACGUAAUCUACGCUAUGUAUAUAUAAUGUCAUGAGGUUUUUUGCCCUUUGCUGAGGUGUGCCCUGUAAAUGACAGCAUGAGUUUUCUGCUGAGAAUUUGGAGGUCCUUUUGGUCUUCCUUUUUAUUGGCAAUUUUUACUGGAAAUUUUGAUGCUGUAUUUU